UCUGACUAUAAGCAGUAUAAGAUGUUCUGGAAAAAAAGAAAUCAACAUCCUGUAAAAAAUUCCGAAAAGAUCAUUCCUGAAGCACGAGCAUCCAUAUUUUCCAAGAUCUUCUUUGUUUGGCUCAACGAACUUUUACGCAUUGGCUAUAAGAAGCCUUUAGAAAAAGAAGAUUUGUAUUACCUUGAUAAUGAAAGGCUGGCAAAAACCCUGGCGGAAAAAUUUGAAAAUGAGUGGAAUAAUGAACUACAAAAACUAAAAAAAGGAAAGAAACCUUCUUUAAUAUUAGCAGUUAACCGUGUGAUUGGAUUUGAAUUUUGGAUUGCGGGUCUCACAAGGUUAAUCGCUUAUUUGUUGCAGGUCUUUUCACCCUUAGCAAUUCAGGCCAUAAUAUUAUUUUCGACGGAGUCAAUCGAGUCUAAUAACAGUGACGAUGCACCACCAAUUUAUAAAGGAAUAAUAUUGUCAACAAUUUUAUUUUUGAUGUUGCAAAUUUACACAAUAACUAGCGUCCAAUGUUUGUAUUUGUCAUCAGAAUGUGGUAUAUUGGCCCGCACGAUUUUAAUCGCGGCCAUCUAUCGAAAGGCGUUGGUGCUCAGUGGAAAAGCACGCAGCACCUUCACCUCGGGAAAGAUCACGAAUUUGAUGUCCACAGACACGACUCGCAUAGAUUGGGUUGCGGUCUAUUCCCAUUUGUUAUGGGCAACUCCACUUAUACUUUUAAUAGCACUUGCACUCUUGAUAUUAAACAUAGGAUUGUCAGCGCUGGCUGGAUUCGGGUUAAUGGUCAUCGCCGCUCCGUUGCAAGGUCGAAUCAUGCAAUCCUUGAUUAAGAUAAGAAAGAAGGCCUCCAGAAUAACAGAUGAACGAGUAAAGAUCACGGGAGAGAUCUUGCAAGGGAUCAGAGUAAUUAAGUAUUACGCAUGGGAGGAUAGUGUUAUGGAUAAUCUCGAAAAAAUUAGGGCUGCUGAAAUUUGGUAUAUUCGUGUGCAUUUUUUUAUGGAUAAUUAUUUUUCGUGCAUUAAAGACUUUUUUAAUUAA